CGUCACCGGUCUACUAGCUGCCACCGAUUCCCUUUUCCUUUUCUGUURGUUAUGUCUUAUUGGUUUCACCUGUUUCUCGUUUGGGGUUUGGUUUAGGGCUAUUUAAGCCUGUUAUGCCCGCCUGCUUUUGUACGGGCUUGUUUCUCUGUUCUGUUUUGUGGACGGUAUUGUUUGURUUUUUCCGGACUGUUUGUGUCCUGKUUUGGGCCGGUCAUUUAUUCGCCUGUUGUUUUGGCAUGACCUUUUCUCACCGGAAUAAAUACGGUUUUCCUUAAACCUCUGCUCUCUGCGCCUGACUCCGCACCCACCACUCCUAGUUACGUAACAACAGUUCUGAUAAUUCUUCAAAUAUAUUGUUUUACACAAUAUCUUGUCACAACACUGGCAAACCAUGGCUGACCAACUCCCUGACUUUUAUACCAUAAGGUUCAUGAUCAUUCUAGUAUUCUAAUUCCUACUUCUAUAGCCCGUAUAAUAGGAUCUCUAUGGUUCCAACCCUCCGACGUCACCUCGUUACAGUUGUGUUGGUAGCAACUCAUUUAAACAGUAGCCUACUCCUUGUUGUCGUGCGCAUCGGGGCCCGAAUCCUUCGUCUCAUAAUCAUGGAUUCUGAAAACUAUGUGGGAACUCAUCCAUCAGACGGCAAUGAAGCUAUGAAAACCAGUGACGUUUACAAAGUGGACAAAAAUCUUCCUAAGCGUUUUAAUAACCCCGAUUGCUUUCAAGGCUACAGUACGAAGAAAAACCACCCAUUCUACCAGACAUCAAGCCAAAUAUAUGGAAGCAAGAGACCAACCGUUCAUGAAAUGCCUACAACUUUUAAUGGCAGUUAUCGGAAGUUUUCAGAACACAUGCUGAAAAGUGGGAUGUUCAGAGAUAACGGUUUCAACACGUCCAUUGAGAAGAGCAAAAUCACAGGACACGACACCAUCCCCAUGUUUCAAGACAGGAUCAACUUUAAUUAUGCAUACGACAGUGGGAAUGGUCCAAAGAAUUGAAAACAUUACUCCACCUACCUUAAUUAAUUUUCAUUGCUACAUUUGUAUGCCAUUCAUUCUAUUUGCCUUUUAUAAGGAUCAAUUCCUAUAAUGAGUAUUUAAACAUCAUACAGAACAUUCACCUUCUUUUAUUAGACCCCACCUACCAUUGGUGAUUGGUUCAAUAAAAACCUUACCCCAACAUCA